CCAAACUCCACUCGAAAAGCUAUUCCAACAUAUUUCUCAGCUGAACGCUUUCUUUAGGACGGGCACCAUAUCGAUGAAACAGGGAUUAGAAACGCAUUUUUGUAUAAUGUUCGAAAGAAAUUGAUUGUUUAGCGGACAUGUCCUACUCAAACAUCAACCGAAGGUUCUAGAAUGGUCAUGUGAUGUGGAUUGACCAGUUGUGUUGCAUUUUGAAAAAUACCCUGGGUUACCCGUGAUUGUUUUUUUACGAAUGCCUCUGUAGCUGUCAAACUAUCUAGGUUACUACAUCGAAAAAAAGCACGCGAAUAUCGGUGAGCUUACGGUGAACCGAUGUUUGAUGUUACUAGGAUAUUUGUGUUUAAGUAAAACUAAAUCCUGUCCCACGCUAUAGAAUAAAUCAAGAACUGAAUGUAGCACGUGAACUGGUUUGACCAAUCACCGAUCGACUUCUGAACUGAAGCGUAUAAAUGAGGCGGUUGCCCAUAGAGACGUCCGCCAUUGAAGACUAGUUUUCAACGUACUUAAUAUUGUUCAAACCUUCUGUUGUGUUUUUAUUCGUUAAAAGGCUAAAAAAAAUAGCACUUUUAUCCACCGCAUCAUCUGCGACAGUCUCAUUGGGCAUCCUUCCAGCAGAACACGGUCGGCAAGAGGGUCUGUCUCAGUUCGGCAGUAAAAACAAUCUUGUUGUGCCAGAGACGGAAAGUGGUCUUGGAGGAAUAUGUUUGAGAGCUGAGCUACAGGAAACAAGUGCCGCUCUGAAUUCCUACCCCGUGUAUACCGACCUUCGGACUGCACCACGAUGACAGACGCCGUAUGUCCCCCGAUGUCCGUGGUGGGAGGCGUGAACCCUCCUCCCCCGGAGUUCAACAAUUCCAAGAAGCCCGGCCGCAUCACAAACCAGCUGCAGUACCUGGAGAAGGUGGUGGUCAAGGCUCUGUGGAGACACAACUUCUCCUGGCCUUUCAGGACGCCUGUGGAUGCUGUCGGACUGCACAUUCCAGAUUACUAUACAAUUAUCAAGACGCCAAUGGACUUGAGCACCAUCAAGAAGCGUCUUCAGAAUAAUUAUUACUGGAAAGCGAUGGAAUGCAUAGAAGACUUCAACAAACUGUUCACCAACUGCUAUGUAUAUAAUCGGCCUGGAGAUGACAUAGUUCUGAUGGCCCAGGCCUUGGAGAAGAUCUUCCUACAGAGAGUGGCUGAGAUGCACCAGGAGGAGACUGAGAUAUCUGCCAUCACAACCAAGACCCCAGUGAAGGGUGGGAGGAAGUCCUCUGCUGGUAUUAUAAAGCUGAGGCCCCAGUCCCCUGUGUCUGAGGUGGUGUUCCAGCAGACGGUGACGGUCAUCCCUCUUGAGGCCCACCACACCAUCCCCCCUGCUGCCCAGCUCUCCUCUAAGAUAGCAGCCAAAAUCGAGAAGGGUGUGAAGAGAAAAGCAGACGCCACCACGCCGACAGCCUCUUCUCCGAUCACCAGCUGCGAGUCGUCCCCCGUCGUUGACGGCUCGACACCCUGUAAGCUGUUCUCCAGGCGGGGCAGCAGUCGGCCCAUCAAACCCCCCAGGAAAGACCUGCCUGAUUACCACCAGAGACAGACUAGUAAGCUAUCGGAUCAGCUCCGCUUCUGUAACUGCAUCCUGAAGGAGAUGUUCACCAAGAGGCACGCGGCCUACACCUGGCCCUUCUACAAGCCGGUGGAUACGGAGGCCCUGGGUCUACACGACUACCACGACGUCAUCAUGCAGCCCAUGGACCUGGGCACCAUACGGAAAAAAAUGGUUGAACGGGAAUACAUGGAUGCCCAGGAUUUUGCUGCUGAUUUCAGACUCAUGUUCUCCAACUGUUACAAAUACAACCCACCCACCCAUGAGGUUGUUAUUAUGGCAAGAAAACUCCAGGAUGUGUUUGAGGAGCGCUGGCUGAAGCUUCCAGACGAGCCAGUGAGGAGGGCGGGUGGUCCAGGACACCACAGUCACCACAGGGACAAGAGAGGGAGAGGAGAUGGGCCUGAGAGCUCCUCCAGCACAGGCAGCAGUACCGGCGAGAGCUCCUCGGAAUCAGAGUCCUCCUCAGACUCUGAGGAAGAAGAGGCCAGAGCUCUACGGUUGGCUAAGCUAGAGGAACAGUUGAAAGCGGUGCACGAUCAGCUGCAGAGACUCACCCAGGAGCCCCUGCUCAAACCGAAGGAGAAAUCAAAGGAGAGAAGAAAAAAGGAAACGAGUAGAAGACCGACGCAUGAAGACUUGAGGAAACCCAAAGUACAGAAGAAGUGCAUUAACAAGGGCACGCCAGCUGUGCAUGGCAAGAGGAGGAAGAUGGCUCUCCCUGUGGAGUCUGAGGAGGACGAGGGGCUGGCGGUGCCCAUGUUGUACGGUGAGAAGAGGCAGCUGAGCCUGGACAUCAACAAGCUGCCGGGGGACAAGCUGGGCAAGGUGGUGAACAUCAUCCAGGCCAGGGAGGCCUCGCUCCGAGACGCCAACCCUGAGGAGAUAGAGAUCGACUUUGAGACCCUCAAGCCCUCCACCCUCAGGGCCCUGGAGCGCUUCGUCACGACCUGCUUCAGGAAACGGCCCAAGAAACCCAACCUGAAUAAGCUGGUGAAAGCCAAAGGAGAGAUGCAGACUGUGAAGGAGCAGGAUGCAGAGAAACCUCGCCAGAGUAUUACUGACGAGCCGAGCUCACUGGCCAAGAAGAAAAAGGCAACAAAUGAGCCCCCUAUAGCUCCUCCUGUCCCAGACUUGGCCCGGCCGUCCCGUCUCAGUGAGAGCAGCAGCUCUUCCUCCUCCGGCUCUGACCGCUCCAGCAGUAGUAGUGAUUCUAGCACUUCUGAUAGCAGUGACUCUGAAUCAGUAAAGAAAUCUGAGAAGAAAAAGAAAUGCAAAGACACGCCACACAAGUUCAAGAUCAAGAAUUCCACAAAGAAGAAAUCUGCUAAGAAAGACCCAUUGUCGGAGUCCUCUCUCCAGACCAGCCAGCCCCCGCCUGCCUCUGCCUCGCUAGUCCCAGCAGUAGUAACAAAAGGCCUGCCUCCUCUAGAGCUACUCACGUCUCCCCCAGCCUUACACAGCCGCCUGCCUCCGCAGCCUUCAAGACCAAGUGCCAAAGCAGCACCACUACCUCGCAAAAACAUGGUGGCCCCCCUGCAGCUCACUGACAGUCAGCCCCAACAACAGCAGGACCCCCUUGCCCCCUCUGAGAGCCCCACUACUCCCUCUCUCACUCCCCCUUCUUCCUGUGACCCCACUCUUAGUCUGCCCACAGACCCACUCAACACAACAGCUGCACUCACACACGAACCUCCCUCCAGCCUGCUCUGUUCCCGCCAAACCCCUCCCUCUCCCCUAGCACUCCUCCCCUCUCCUCGGUGUCAAUCACUAGCCCAGACACAGGAGAUGAAAACUGGGCCACCUGAUAGGGCACAACAGGAAGGUCUGUCUGCGCUGCCUACCCCUCUGACCUCUCCUCCUGCAGUUUUACUACAGGCUGCUGAUGGCAGAUAUGAGCAGCAGCCGUGCCCAGUGCUGUUGUCCCCUCUACAAGACAGCCUAUUACAGCCAGUGAAGGAUGACGGGAGGCCCUCUGAAGCACUGGGGGAGACCCACUCCAGGAUUCUGCAGAAACAGCCUUAUCCCAGACACUCUGAUGGUGUGUUUGAUGGUGGAAACACCAGCCUCUCUCAUCCAGCUAAUAAACCCACUGCAGAUGGAAAAAACACACCCGCCAAAAAGGAUAUUGUCCUGAAGAACGCAGACUCCUGGGCUAGUUUGGGGAAGAUGGCCAUUUCCACUCCCUCCACGGUGAAGUCUUCAAAGGAGAGCUUUGAUAAGUUCCGCAGGGCAGCCAUUGAGAAGGAGGAGAGAGAGAGAGCUCUCACUCUAAAGAGGACUCAGAUGAAGGCUUCAGGGAAGAGAAGCCUGACCAUGCCAGUAUCGUUGCCAGUGGCAGUACCCGUGCCACCUAGAGCUGCGGAACCAGAGCACCUGCCAUGUAGAACUCCGGCGCCAGAGCCAGCAGAGAUCCCCAUGCCGACGGAGCCAAUCGUGGAGCCUCAACCUCCUAAAGCUCCAGAGCCCCUGAUAGAGGAGCCUCCAGCGGCUGCCUCAACCCAACCUCCGCCCUUCACUACCCAGACCUCUGUAGACAGAGAGAGGGAGAUGGCCCGCAGGAGAGAACAGGAGCGACGCAGACGAGAGGCUAUGUCUGGUGUCAUUGAUAUGACAAUGCAGAGUGACAUCAUGGCAACAUUUGAGAAGAACCUGGACUAAAAUAAAAUGGCAGUAGACCAUGCAGCUGGUGACUGACGUCUGUCUUCUGUUGUUGUUGGACAAUAAAUAAUAGAGGUUGUUUUAGUAAA